AUCUAUCUCUCUUGUUUUGGUUUUUAUUUUUUAACUAGAUCUAGAUCUAAAUUAAAUUAGGGUAGAUCUCUAAACUAGAACUAAAUCUCUAUAUAGACUCUAAUAAUACAUUUACUCUCUAGGCAGAGUAGACAGUGUGAUUUGUAGUGCUUUUACUUUUUGGCAACCUACCUUCUUCUCAGAAACUGAGGUCAACACUUUUCCUGUUCACUCUUGGCGUUUUGUCAUUCGGCAUGUUUCUUGUUGAUUCUAUUAAUCAAUUCCAGCAUACACAACAUUCCUUAGCUUGGCUUUCCCUUCUGUUCACGUCGAUAACAGGUUAAAUAGUUUUGAUGGACCAUCAUGGAUGCAUAUUCCAAAAUAAGUUUCAAAGUUGAUUUGAUAGCUUCUGUACCCAGCCACUUAAAUUUCUUAGAGGAAUGUAAUAUUCCUGCCUUAAGGAAUGAAGCUAUUUUACGUCAGGCAGUGUACCGAUAUGAACAUUUUUGGUUGCCACUUGCUGCUAAGUACCAGCCAAAGAUUCUUGAGGCUCCAUUAGAUAUAGCAUGGGUAUGGCAUUGUCAUAUGUUGUCACCUGCAGCUUACUGUUCAGACUGUGUCAGGCUUCUGGAUGGUAAAAUUAUUGAUCAUACCUUAGAGAGAAAUGAAAAGCAAAAAUAUGCAGCACUACAAGAGACCAGGUCACUAUGGCAAAGAGAGUAUCCCAAUGAGGCGUUUGAAGUGGAAUUAAACCCUAUCUCAGUCAACCCAAAAUACACCAAAGGAAAAACUAAUUUCUCAUAUGACAUCGUAGAUGCUGCACUUCGGCAAAAAGAAUUUGGUUACCAGGUCAGUUUACCCCACUACAGAGAUAAGCUUUUUUUAUUAUCAUCACUAACUCGCUACAAGAAGUUUCUUCAACUGAAAAUAGAGAGACCAAAAAUGUUUAUUGUUCCUUGCUAUGACAUUGACCUGAUGUGGCACACCCACCAGCUUUACCCACUAGCCUACAAAAAAGACACGGAGGAGCUUUAUGGUAAAAUAUUUAAUCAUGACGACUCUGUAACAGAUAGAAGUGAAGGCUCAAAGCUAUACACUGCAGAUUUGGCCACCAGAGAGGCUUGGAAGGAUGUAUAUAAUGAGACCUUUGCAUUGUAUGGGGCCAUGUACAGGGGAGAGAACCCACUUGGAAAACUGUAUAUGAUGAACAAUGAGGAGACCUCACUUCUUAGAACCAGGAUUGCCAACUUGGUUUUUGAGAAAGUAGAAAUUAAGGAUGCCCCCAGGCUAACAGGAAAACCUAGAUUGAAGAUAUCUACAGCUGUCAACUCUAAACAGUAUGCUGCUUUGACAACACUAAAGGGCUCUAGUAGAGUCUGGCAAGGUAAAAGCUUGUGUAGUGCCUUUUUCAAUACUCGACAUGUGAACUGUCUGCUGUUCAGCUUGCAAGAGUUCCAUGGCUGGGCGUGUCUUGGAACUAAGGUUGUAGUGUCUGAGACAACACUGAACUUGUUGCCAGUACUAGAAAAAGCACCUAUUGGUCAGCAAGUGACUAGGGAUCUGAGUACUACAGGUGUUUCUGAUCUCCAGAUUGACUGCAAGUUACUCAUUGGACCUGUCAAAAAGGGAGUCAUACUGUUGCAGCUGAAAGCUGGAGGUUAUGAACGGGCCAUAAUGCCAGAAAACUUGGAACAACUGUGGGGACCAAUACCUCUCCCUCGUCUGCCCCCUGGUACUGACAAUUGGUGCCAUGUUGCUUCUCACAAGGUAUUAAAUUACAGUGGAGAACCUAUGUUUACUUGUCGCUUGAUUCACUCUCAGCCCUUGUUGCAGUCAGCUGUCCAUGUGUUCCAUCAGGACAAAAUGGUAGCUGUUGGACAUUUGGUGGGCACAGACCAGCUGCCCAUUCCAACACAGGUGACAGACAAUAACAGCUGCAUCACUCUCAAUCCCAGAGCUGGAGAAAGAGCAGUCCUGAUCAAAAACUUCCAGGGAGAUUGGGCCAUUGUGGUUGGCAGAUGGGUGGAUUUUAAAAGAGGAAUUCCUGGAGUUCGAGGGUCCAGAAAUCAAAAGGGACGAAAGGGGGUACCAGGGAAUCCUGGGACACUACAUUUGAAAAUGUGGAGGAAGGGUAUUGGACGAUUACAGGAAGUGAAACUUUCUUACAGUGCUAAAAUAUUUAGCUUUAAAAUUUCUGGAGCAUUGGUGAAUUUACAAACUGGUACAGUUGAGAUCGAUGAAACCUGUGAUGAUGUAGCAGAGGUUCUAGCCCUGGCAUUCAGCAUAUCCCUGCUUCAUGUACUCUGCCAACCUAGACCCAAGGAUUGGACACCUGGGCAGACCUUGGUGCCAUCAAGAACUACCACUGCAGGAGGAGUAAAGGUUGAUUAUGUCCCUUCUGAGAGCUUAACUUUUGUAAUGGCAGCUGGACUGAUGGCGUACACACCUUGCAAUUACUAUCUGACACAAACAUACGGCACUGAUGUCUGUGCUGGCUGUGGAGGUGGUGGAGGAGAUAUUGUCGUCUGUGACUUUAGUAAUGUUGAUUGUGGAAGUAUAGGUGGCACAGGGGUUGAUGGAGGUUUUAGUGAUGGUGGCGGAGGAGGAGGUGAUGGUGGAGGUGAUGGAGGUGCUGGUUGUGGAGGAUGUGGUGGGUGCGGUGGUGGUGGGGGUGGAGAAGGUGGUGGAGCUGGAUGUGGAGGAGGAGGUGGAGAUGGUGGGGGAGGAGGUGGGGAUGCUGGUGGUUGUGGUGGGGGUGGUGGUGGAUGUGGUGGGGGUGGUGGUGGAUGUGGUGGGGGUGGGGGCUGUGGCGGGGGAUGUGGUGGGGGAUGUGGUGGAUAAUGUAACAUUGCCAACAACAACAACAAAAAUAAGUACAAAUGUAUUGCAGUAUAAAAAAUGCCAAAAAAGAAAAACACAACAGUUAACUUGGAGUCAUAAUUAAUACAUUAUCUUACAUUGUUACUCAAUGAUAAAAGAAAUGUAUCUAUUUUUCCAAGAGUAAGUUGUUUGUUCAUACAUGACUGUGUAUAUGUACUUGAAAUGACUAAAAAGUUUGUAUUUUGUAAUAAUGUUUUAAUGUAUUUGAUUAUAAACUUUUUUUUAUAAUUUUAUAAUCUUUUUAGACUAAAAAGACAAAUUGUUUAUUUAAUGUCAGAAAAGCAUUUGGCUGUAGUGAAAUUUUAAUUAUUUUUUUUUGUUAGAGUACAACAAUGCACAAUAAAUGUUCAGUUAUAAGUCUUUAAAUGUUCAGUUUUAAGUCUUUAAAUGUUCAGUUAUAAGUCUUUAAAUGUUCAGUUAUAAGUCUUUAAAGGUACAGUUAUAAGUCUUUAAAGGUACAGUUAUGAGUCUUAGUUUUAAGCAGGCCCUGCAAUGUGUUUAAAAAUUCUUGAAUCUAGAUGGUUCUGGCCUGAACAGUCAUCAGGUUAAUUGAGUCAUGUUUCUUUAUGUUAUCUUUAUGUGCGAAAUAGGACCUCAACUUUUAUAUCAACAAGAAACUUUUGUAUAAAAUUGUCUGCCCUUACUCUAACCAUAAGAGUGUUUAUGAAUAGUCUGGGGAUUUAAUCUAAUUAGAAUAGAGUUUUUUCAGAAAUAAAUAUUAAAUUUAAGUAUAUUGAAUUUGAAGAAUAAUUACUAAGCAAACUUUUAUUCAUUUUGCAAUCUAAAAUAUUUUGUUACAUCUUACAAACAAUUUAACUGAGAAACAGGGUUCUAAAGUAACUAGGUAUGUCUAUGUGCUCAUAUAUAUAUAAUAACAUAUUGUUAUGUUCAUUAAUGCAAAAUAUGUAUAAAAUUAGGAAGCCCUCUGCCUCAGUACACCAAAUUAUUUUUUUAUAAAUGUCUUCUAUAUAAAAUAAAUUAAAAACAUGUAUUACACUAUACAAAUAUUACUUUCAUAAUUUUACUAGAUAUUUACAUGGUUCAGUAGGGUUAGGGUUAACAUUGAGUUUUAUUUAUAUCUCUUAGUGUACAUUUCUUGUAAGUUCAUAUUUUGUCAACAUAUUUGUUACAUUUGCAUACAAUGAAAUCUUCUUAUGAAUCGAUUCACUGGAGACAAUGAAGUUCAUCAAUGACUUGAAACUUCUUAGGAAACUUUGAAUACAUAACAACCAUAAAACUCUGUGAUAUCGAUUGUGUCCCAAAAUUUUUAAUUGGGUGAAAUUGUUUUAGUUUUUACAUAUCACAUUUACUUUGCUUGGAUGUAUUCAUAGAAUACUUUCGUGUUGGGUUAACAACAAAGUGCUUCAAUGCAGUUCUUGGCAUAUUUGUCAAUGUUUUCAAUAAGUGAUUCGCACAUACUGUAUUUUUUGUCAGAAAUGUUUAGCUGGCUGUAUUGUGAACUGUUUUUAAUUUUAACAUUUUUUAAUGUUUAGAUCUUUGUGUGUUGUAGUUGAGAUAAUUUUUCUUUCAAAAAUCUAGAACUUGAUGAGGAGAGUGUUAAAUAAUUUUUUUGAUUAAAAUUUAGAUUGUAAUGUGGAUCAUUUAUUUCUAUGCCCUUUUCUACACUUAGAUUAUAAUAAGUUCCUAAAUUAUGCAAAUUUGUUUUUGACGCAACGAAAAGAAUACAGAUAUUAGUCAGAACAACAUAUCUUCUAAGUAUAUAUGUUAUAUACAUUCAACGUAGUCAUAUCUAAAUACAUAUAUUAAAUAUUUUUUUACCAUAUUUAAAAAAAUCACUCUUCACAGAAACAAUUGUUUAGAAAGAUUGAUCUAAUCCAAACAUUUUAUGUUUAUUUUAUACAUGUACUUUUUUAAUAUCUUUUUUUUCUAUUUUAAUAUAUAUCUAUAUAUAUAUAUCAUAGACCAGCUCCUACUCCCCACUUUUGUGUUGAAUUGCUCAGUGUUUACAUAACCAUAUGAACUAAUCGUGUGCUAUUGCCAAAUUUCUUUCACUAGUGAUAUUUUAUUUAUAUAUUUGUUUUUUUUAGUUAGUUGUUUUUUAUAAAGUAUUGAGUAAAAAAAUGCAUUCUAAAUUAAACUUUAGUAAACAAACUUGAGUCAUGGGCUAGAUUAAACACAGACUAUGUUUGUGUUAGUUUGAAAACAAAGGGGUUAUAAUCGUGCUAAGCUAAAAAAUGAAUUGAUCAAUAUGAAAUUUUCAAGAAUAACUAAAUUGUUUAGUUUGUUAUGCAUGUAGCUACAAUUCAUAAAUCUACUGUGUUGUUGCAUUGCUAUAAAGAUGUCUAAUGGUUGGCAAGGCUGCAAUGUUUCACAAGUGACUGCAAGUUAAGAAACAAAAGAGAAAUUGUCACUCAUUGACUUGAUACAAAUUGUUGUGUCAACUUUGGAUAGUUUAAAAUAUUUCAAUUUGAAGAGAAUAUUUUAACUUCCAGAUUGAUCACUUAUUAUCUUUGCCAAAUAGAAAACUGAAGUUUUCCCCAUUGUUUUUUAACACAAUUUUGCCAAUCUUUUUUAACAUUCAUUGUCUUUUUAUUGUGUGAGGGAAGUCUUCUACUCUAUUUGUAUCAUUAAUUGUCUUUUAUUGUGUGAGGGAAGUCUUCUAGUCUGUUUGUAUCAUUAAUUGUCUUUUAUUGUGUGAGGGAAGUCUUCUACUCUAUUUGUAUCAUUAAUUGUCUUUUAUUGUGUGAGGGAAGUCUUCUACUCUAUUUGUAUCAUUAAUUGUCUUUUAUUGUGUGAGGGAAGUCUUCUACUCUAUUUGUAUCAUUAAUUGUCUUUUAUUGUGUGAGGGAAGUCUUCUACUCUAUUUGUAUCAUUAAUUGUCUUUUAUUGUGUGAGGGAAGUCUUCUACUCUAUUUGUAUCAUUAAUUGUCUUUUAUUGUGUGAGGGAAGUCUUCUAGUCUAUUUGUAUCAUUACUUAUUAAAUUAUUUAUUUCUAUCUUUAUAUUCAUAUUUUUCCAAUCUUCUAACAGAUUUAUUGUAACUAAAACUGAGCUAGUAACAUUGGGGUUGUCCAUUCUGUUUGCUUGGCUAGUGUCCUUCAGUUUGUCUACUCUUUCUUUGAGCCAGUUCCAUCCAUGACUAGAUAAGUUUGCAUUUACUUCUACAUUCUCUUUUAUCCAUUACAUUUAGUAUUAUCUUUACAGCAACAUUUUGUUUAUGUUUCUUUUGUGUGUGCUCAUUGCUUGGUCCAUGUACUAGACUUGUCCAUAUUAAAAUAACAUUUAUAGACAUUGA